CUUUGCUUGCUUUGCUACAAUUCUACAAAUUAAUAACAUCUGUGUGUGAGAGAGAGAGAUGGCUUCGGAGCAAGAGCGACAGGAACUCGACGCCAGGGCUAGACAAGGCGAGACGGUGAUCCCCGGCGGCACCGGCGGCAAGAGCCUCGAAGCCCAGGAGCACCUCGCCCAAGGGCGAAGCCGGGGUGGGCAGACUCGACGCGAGCAGCUAGGGACGGAAGGGUACCAGGAAAUGGGGAGCCGAGGUGGGCAGACGCGGAAGGAGCAGCUGGGGAGAGAAGGCUAUCAGGAGAUGGGGCGGAAGGGCGGCCUCACCACCAUUGACAAAUCCGGGGGCGAGCGUGCUGCCGAGGAAGGAAUCGGCAUUGAUGAGUCCAAGUUCAGGACUUCAUCCACAUAAAUAUAUUGUCAAUGCUAUUAUAUUAUAUACUCCUAUGAUACAUAUAUAUAGCGGCUGUCUCAGCGUGCUAGACUUUUGUUUGUUGCGUCUCGAUAAGCAGAUAAGCAGCUGUACUGGUUUGUCUACAGAUGACUACAUUAUAUUAUUAUAUGGUGAUCUCUAUAUAUGUGAAUAAAAGGUUUUUUCUUAGCUAA